UACAUUCCAUUCCUACCACCUCAGUUAGACUCAGAGUCAGUGAAGACCAACAUGAAGACUCGUAGUAGCUCUGCCAAAAUCUCUGCAAAAUGGCUUCCCAUUUUCUCCAUUUUUUCCUUCAUUCUUGGAAUGCUCAUCACAACAAGGAUGUGGGAACCACCUGAAUCCAAUGGCAUGUUUCUUUCAAAACGCAGGAAUGAACAAGAAUUGCAAGUUGUCUCAGGGGAUUGUGCUUCAAAAAAGUUUGUGCAGGACAAGGAUGUAAUGGAUGAAGUGUACAAAACCCAUGAAGCUAUUAAAUCUCUAGACAAGCAAGUUUCAAUGCUUCAGAUGGAGCUGGCAGCAUCCAGGAGUGCGCGAAAACUAGGGAUCUCAGAUAAUUCUUCGGCUAUGUCUAAUAACACUCUGGGCUCGGGGCUCUCCAAUGAAGGAUCUUCCAGGAAGAAAGUGUUUAUAGUGAUUGGCAUAAACACAGCUUUCAGUAGCAGGAAGCGUCGUGAUUCGGUCAGAGAUACGUGGAUGCUUCAAGGUGAACAACUUCUUCAAUUGGAACGCGAGAAGGGAAUUGUUAUUAGAUUCAUGAUUGGUCACAGUGCGACUUCCAAUAGCAUUCUAGAUCGAGCUAUUGAUUCAGAAGAAGCCCAGCACAAUGACUUCCUUCGCCUGGAACAUGUUGAAGGGUAUCAUGAACUGUCUGCAAAGACAAAAACUUUCUUUUCCACUGCAGUUGCAAAGUGGGAUGCUGAUUUCUAUGUGAAAGUGGAUGAUGAUGUCCAUGUUAAUUUAGGUGUACUGGCAACAACCCUUGCUCGUCAUCGUUCAAAAUCCAGGGUCUACAUCGGAUGUAUGAAGUCUGGACCUGUUCUUUCUCGAAAGGAUGUUAAGUACCACGAACCCGAGUUCUGGAAGUUUGGAGAGGAAGGGAAUAAAUACUUCAGACACGCAACUGGGCAGAUAUAUGCAAUCUCUAAGGAUCUGGCCACUUACAUUUCCAUCAACCAGCCGAUAUUGCACAAAUAUGCUAAUGAAGACGUCUCACUUGGUUCAUGGUUCAUUGGUCUGGAAGUUGAGCAUAUUGAUGAUCGCAGUAUGUGCUGUGGGACUCCUCCAGACUGUGAGUGGAAGGCACAAGCGGGUAACAUAUGUGUUGCAUCCUUUGACUGGAGCUGCAGUGGAAUCUGCAAGUCAGUGGAGAAGAUUAAAUUUGUUCACUCAAAGUGUGGUGAAGGGGAUGGAGCUGUUUGGAGUGCUUUAGUUUAGGUUUGUACAAUGGUGGAAAAGCAGCUGAGUAUUUAUUGCAAUUGAAACAAAGGCAGUUUUGGAAAUGGAUGAUCGUUUUGGUGGAAGCUGCUGUUUUCAGUCAAGAAUUGUAUCAAAGUGGAUUUAGGAUAUAGAUUUGUUAGCAUCUAUGAAGCAACACAACACUGACAUGAACAUGCCUACACAAUGUAGGAUACUGGGACAUGAAAUAUAUCACUUCCCAUGUAGUCAGCUAAUGUUAAGGGGAAGGAAUGACAUUUCAAAUGAAGUAACAUUUUCAAUA